AUGUUACGUGAGGUGAACCCAUACAUAAAAGAUCUAAAACCAGCUAUUGAUAAAAUAUUGCCUUCAGAGUCAUUCAAGGUCAUAAUACAUGCAGAUAAAAAACCACAAAGAGAACACAGAGGCAGAUUUAAUGCAUUAACGGCAAAUGAAGUGGCUGUUGUAUUGGUAGAUCAGCAUUUUGACCGAAAAGACAUCAUCCUCGAAAGCCGAAGUAACUCACUUCAGCGUAUCAGUGAGAUACAUCGAGCUUAUGAUGCGCUGCAGUACCCGUUGAUGUUUUGCUGGGGGGGUGAUGGCUAUUCAAUCAACAUACCACAAUGCGAUCCCACAACUAAGUUUCCCUUGAAAAAAACAGUCUCUGCUGUAAGUUUUUAUUGAUACAGAAUAAUGAUCAGAGAAGAAGAUAACUUUUUGGUUAAAUAUCGCGUUCUUUUUAGUCAAUAUUUGGUAGAUGAAUACGAAAAAAUAGAAACUGAAAGACUAAACUACAUAAAAAACAAUCAAGCCAAAUUGCACGCAGAUAAUUAUAUUCAUUUAAAAGAUGCAAUUGGUGAUACUAAAGCAAAUCAGCUGGGACAGAUGGUAGUACUUCCAUCAUCUUUUACUGGUGGACCAAGAUACAUGCACGAAAAAACGCAAGACGCCAUGACCUAUGUUAGACAUUACGGUCGUCCCGACCUUUUUAUUACUUUUACAUGUAACCCACGCUGGAGUGACAUAAAUGAGCACUUACUUUCAGAACAAAAAUCUCAUGAUCGAUACGAUAUUAUUUCGCGUGUCUUUCGAUUAAAGGUAAAAAAGGUCAUGGAUUUGUUGAUAAAAGGGAAAAUAUUCGGUGAAGUGAGAUGCUAUAUGUAUUCGACGGAAUGGCAAAAGCGAGGUCUUCCGCAUAUUCAUAUACUUUUAUGGCUUCAACAUCGCAUCACUCCGGAUCAAAUUGACAAUAUUAUGUGUGCUGAAAUACCUAACCCUGAUCGUGAUCCUGAGCUUUACGAAAUUGUUAAAAGUAAUAUGAUACAUGGCCCCUGUGGAAGUUUAAACCGAAAUUCUCCAUGCAUGAAAGAUAAUUCGUGCAGCAAACGUUAUCCUAAGGCUCUUAUUAAGGAAACUCAAACCGGUAAUGAUGGUUAUCCGCAGUACAAGAGACGUUCUCUGGAUGACGGUGGAUUCUCUGUCAAUAUCAAGGGUGUUACAAUAGAUAAUCGUUGGGUGGUUCCUUAUAAUCCAGUGCUAUUAAAAACAUGUAACGCUCACGUGAACGUAGAGUAUUGCCAUUCAGUGAAGUCAAUCAAAUACGUUUGCAAAUAUGUUAAUAAAGGGUCAGAUCAGGCUACGUUUACUUUAGAGAACGGGAAAGAUGAAGUUACAACCUACGCAAGUGGUCGAUAUAUAAGUUCAGCUGAAGCAGUUUGGCGAAUCCUUGAAUUCCCAAUACAUGAGCGUUUUCCUCCUGUAGUGUACCUUGCUGUCCAUUUAGAAAAUGGACAGAGAAUUUAUUUUAAUGAGCAGAACUUGUGCGACAAAUUGAGUAGUCCUCCUACAACUAUACUCCUCUCCUUUUUCGAUCUGUGUAACGUGGAUGACUUUGCAAAAACAUUGCUAUACUCGAAAGUCCCUGCGUAUUACGUUUGGAACAAGCGAUCGUUUCAGAGAAGAAAGAGAGGAGUGAAUGUUGAAGGAUGGUCAGGGGUCAAAAAAGAACACGUUCUAGGUAGAGUUUAUACUGUUCAUCCAAACAAUACAGAAUGCUACCACCUUCGAAUGCUUCUACAUGAGAUCAGAGGCCCAAUUUCAUUUGAAGCAUUGAAAACUGUACAUGGUCACUUACAUCCCACUUUCCAAUCCGCAUGCAAGGCUCUAGGUCUACUAGAAGAUGAUCGGCAUUUGGAUUCAGCUCUUGAAGAGGCAGCACUUUACUUUAAAAAACAACUGGAAAGGCAAGGUGACGUGGAUGUAGAGCACUCAUCGGACCUAAUAUUUAACAAAUGCCUGUCAGUAUUAGAGGAUGCCGUAUUAUCAUUAGGCGGCCGUCCUCUUAAAGAGUAUGGAUUAAUUCAGCCAAUAACAUCAAUACAUUUUGAAAAUAGCGAGUACGUGAAGGAGACCAGUUACGAUACAGUGGCCUUAGAAGACGCAGUAAGAAAAAGUGAAGCAUCCUUGAAUGACGAGCAACAGGAAGUUUACAAUAAAAUUAUCACAAGUGUAGAUGCAAAUGACGGUCGAAUAUUCUUCUUAGACGCUCCAGGUGGAACUGGUAAAACCUUCCUUAUUAAUUUACUUUUGGCGAAAGUAAGAAGUACUCACGGCAUUGCCCUGGCUGUGGCGUCGUCAGGCAUAGCUGCUACAUUACUCGAAGGUGGUCGAACUGCUCAUGCUACUUUUAAGUUACCACUCAAUUUAAUCACUGCCGAGACUCCCAUUUGCAACAUCUCCAAACAAAGUAAUUUUGCUGAAGUUUUAAAGAGUACAAAAAUAAUCGUGUGGGACGAAAUAACGAUGGCUCAUAAAAGUGGUAUUGAAGCCUUAAACAGAUCACUAAGGGAUAUAAGGGGUAAUACAAAAUUAAUGGGUGGCGUAACAGUUUUGCUGGCCGGAGACUUUCGGCAGACUCUACCAGUGGUGCCAAAAGGAACCAGAGCUGACGAAGUAAAGUCGUGCAUUAAGAAAUCUAAUUUGUGGCCCCAGGUUAAUAUUCUUAAGCUCUCUAAAAAUAUGAGAGCACAUUUGGCCGGGGAUGACACUGCUGGUAGAUUUUCAGAUCUCCUUCUUAAAAUCGGUAAUGGUGAUUUUCCAUCGUUUGAUGGAAUGAUAACCAUCCCGGAAGAAUUGUGCACAGUUGUUACUACGGUUCAAGAAUUGCUGUCUAAAGUUUAUCCAGACAUUAUUCAUAUACAUGACAAGCCUAUUGAAUGGUUAUGUGAGCGUGCCAUACUUACUCCAAAGAACGAUCAAGCAGCAGCUAUCAACAAUAUCCUGCUCAUGUCGUUUGAGGGCGAAGAAAGGGUCUAUACUUCGAUUGAUACUGUGGUUAAUACAGAUGACGCUACUAAUUACCCUGUAGAAUUUUUAAAUUCAUUGAAACCGCCAGGUUUGCCUUAUCAUAAGCUUAUUCUGCGUGUGGGCACUCCAAUUAUGUUGUUGCGAAAUUUAAAACCACCAAAACUUUGUAACGGUACGAGACUGCAAGUGAAAGCGUUACAUCGCAAUAUAGUGGAAGCCACUAUAUUAACUGGGUGUGCGAAAGGGGAAACUGUAUUUAUACCACGUAUCCCAUUAAUACCUAAUGAUAUCCUGUUCGAAUUUAAACGAUUACAGUUUCCCCUAAAAGUCUGCUUUGCCAUGACAAUAAACAAGUCUCAGGGGCAAACUCUCAAAUUUGCAGGUAUUGACUUGAGAGAACAUUGCUUCUCUCAUGGACAGUUUUAUGUUGCUUGCUCACGAGUAAGUGAGCAAGCAAUUAUUAUUCACGAGUAA